UACCACACCUUUAAUUAACUUGGAGCAUGCAUUCUAAUCAGAGUGAGAGCUUAAAGCUUCGAAUGAGACAAUAAAAUUAACCCUAUAAAUACAUAUAUCUUACUGACCUCUCCUUCUCACUACUCUCAUCAGCAUGUGUAUAUACAUCUCUUCAUGCUGCACCUCGUCAACUACCACAACUGCUCUCUGUCACUGCAGAGUAUCUACCUGAUCUCAGCUAGCUGUGAAUUCAUGGUGGAGGAAGCCAUCGGGAUGGACAAGAGAAUAAGCAGCAGCGAGGAGGCGGAGGUGCGGAAGGGCCCAUGGACCAUGGAGGAAGACCUCACCCUCGUCAACUACAUCUCCAACCACGGCGAAGGCGUCUGGAACAACAUCGCUCGCUCUGCCGGGUUGAACCGGACGGGGAAAAGCUGCAGGCUGAGGUGGCUGAACUACCUGCGGCCGGACGUGAGGCGGGGCAACAUCACGCCGGAGGAGGAGCAGCUGAUCAUGGAGCUUCACGCGAGGUGGGGAAACAGGUGGUCAAAAAUUGCGAGGCAGCUCCCAGGGAGGACUGACAACGAGAUAAAGAACUUUUGGAGGACCCGCGUGCAAAAGAGGCUCAAACACGGUGAGUGCUUAAAGAACAACUUGAUGCUCAGAGACGAAGCCAGCACGAGCGCACUUCAAGUCAACGCCGCCGGAGAUGUGGGCGGCGGCGCUAAACCGGUUUGCAACGGCAACAUCAUCGACAGCGAUCUUCAGUACAUGGACGACUCCGAUGACUUCAACUUUUGGUCCGUGGAGGAUUUCUGGUUACUAAAUUAA